AUAGGGUUAUGGUACAUCAAAAUGGUUGAUUGUUAUGCGAUGUCAGACCGGUAAUGUGAUAAAUUUUAUGUACUGUAAGUGUUUGGUUUUGAAAAUGGACAAAGAAAUGACACUAGACGAAGAUUUUAGACUGGAUGAUGAAGAAAUCAACUCUGGGAUUUUUAGUGAUCUGGAGCCUGUGACUUGGUUAAACGAAGACGAUACAGAGGUUAACAUGUUCUUUCACAGAGUGGAUUCAGAUCAAAUUAUUUAUCAAACAAAAAAGAAAAAAUGCAAAAUGAUAGGGAAAUAUGUAAUGGGGGAUCUGUUGGGAGAGGGUAGUUAUGGUAAAGUGAAGGAAAUGUUAGACUCUGAAACACUCUGUAGGAGGGCUGUAAAAAUUCUGAAGAAGAGAAAGCUUAGGAGGAUACCCAAUGGUGAACAGAAUGUUCAGAGGGAGAUCCAACUUCUUAAAAUAUUGAAACACAAGAACGUGAUAGGACUUGUUGAUGUUUUAUGUAAUGAAGAAAAGCAGAAAAUGUACAUGGUUUUAGAGUAUUGUGUUGGAGGUCUCCAGGACAUGUUAGAGAGUACACCAAAAAAGAAAUUUCCACUUUGGCAAGCUCAUGGGUACUUCUGUCAGUUGGUUGAUGGCCUGGAAUAUCUCCACAGUAAAGGAAUUAUUCACAAAGAUAUUAAACCAGGAAACCUUCUCCUUACACUUGAUGGCACAUUGAAAAUUUCAGACCUUGGGGUUGCAGAGGCACUGGAUAUGUUUGCUAAGGAUGACACGUGCUAUACAGGGCAAGGUUCACCUGCAUUCCAGCCUCCGGAAAUUGCAAAUGGUCAUGAAAAAUUUUCUGGAUUCAAAGUUGACAUCUGGAGUAGUGGCGUUACACUGUAUAAUAUAACAACUGGUGUCUAUCCUUUUGAAGGUGACAAUAUUUAUAGAUUAUUUGAAAAUAUUAGUAAAGGAGAUUUCAGUAUUCCAAGUGAAAUUGAAAAUCCUUUGCGGGCAUUGCUGGAAGGAAUGCUGCAAAAGGACCCAGCAAAAAGAUUAUCAUUACCACAGAUACGACAACAUCCCUGGUUCACACGCAAGCCAACAAGAACUCUAGAAUAUGUCCCUGUUCCCCCGUUGCGUGGAGAUGAAUUUCACACGAUGACAGUGUUGCCAUAUCUAAUAGAAUUUCAUUACGGAGAUGAUUCAGCCACAACUGAGAAUCAUACAGAAUAUAUUACAGAACGUGAGUUAAAUGAAGAAAGGAAGUUACAGGAGUUAGAAAUACAUGCACAAGCAGUAACCAGAGAUAGCAGUGUGAGUCGACGCGGAGGAGGAGGAAGCGGGAACAAACGGCGAUGGAGACGCCCCAUCUCGUGCAUCAGUGUCAAAAAAUUCCCUUCCUGCAAACAGUCAUGAUGUCACACAGCUAUGUUGUUGUUGAUGUACACAAUGGUAAAGAAUAUUCCAUACAAUAUCCAUGUUGCUGCUGAAACAAGUCACUACACACACACAAAGUUGUUGAUAGCUACAGAUAUUUAUGUGCCACCAGUGCGAUGGAUAUGAAAAAAACAAGAUUAGCAAGUGGAUAGAUAUAAUCUGCAGUAAAUCAAGCUUUCAAGCUGGCUGUGUGCACUCCGUUUGUACCACAAAGACAUCUUCGAACAACCUGUGACCAAUACAACAAAAUAUGAAAUGAAAACACUGAUUCUAAGAAUUGUUAACUAAUUCCAUUUGAAUGUUUUGUGUUGGUAGGUAUGUGUAAAUAUCUAAAUUGCCUUUUUUUAAGUUUGAAUCAAAUGUUAAAAUGUGUGGAAACCAUUUUAAGUGUGAGCAAAUGAGACUGUUCUUUACCAGUAUACAUUUCAAAGUGUCCCCCUUUUUUUGACAUAAGCUGCGAUCUUAAUAUUAUACGCUGUUGUAAUUUUUUAUUGAGGAAUAUAUUUGAUUUCAAACUUAAAAUAUGGUAUUUGCAGUCUGUGUUUAACUGUUUUGUGUGUGUGCUGGAACACGUGUAAAUAAUGAAUCUUUGUGCCAUGCUAUAUUAAAGCCAUAAGGAGAAUUCUGUAGUAAUGAAAGGUUAAACAUAUCAGUAGGCCUCCAACAAAGUUGAUUUUGAGAGGAGUAAGCAAGUACAAGUACUGACUACCUAUCCAUCAUUAUAUCAUAUUAAUCUAUUGAAUAAGAUCUUGAUGAGUAAUAUAAUUUGUUAAACAGCCAGAGUUGUAGAAGUUCAAUUAUAAUGAACUGUUUCAAAAUUAAUAUAAAAUAUGAUACAGAACAGAAGAGAGUAAAAGAUGGAAGUGUACAUGAAGGUAAAACAUUUAUCAAAGUUUCGAUAUUGAAAGCUGAAGCAUUGAGCGGUGGAGGCAGCAAGCACCUCUGAAAGACUGGUAAACUUCUACGAGACUGCAUCUUCAAACUCGCUACGUUCGGAACCUGAAGUCAGACCACUGAUUUUGAAGGUUGAUCCGCGCGACUAUUCGAUGUUCCUCACUGGAGUCCCUCCUACAGACAACUAUUGCUAAACUAUAAUACAGGUUGUUCAUAAAUUAGUGGAUGAUUUGAAAGGUUUGUAAUUAUUAAUUUAUAAUAUUAAUACAUACAGAAAACUUAUGUUUUAUGAAAGUCACACAACAUUAAAGUUCUUUCACAUGUGGUCACAGACAUUCAUACAUAAGUUUUCUGGGUUUUUUAAUUGUCUGCUAAUUUUGGGACAGCCUGUAUUAUAGGGAUUAUAUUGAAACACUUCAGUAACUUAAUUUUCUCCAGUGUCAGGAGAUAAAGAGGAUUGUUGUUUCAUUGUUAACUCUUUCUAAAAUUGUUAACAUUUAUUUAAAUUUUCUAUGUGCAUGCCAUUGUACUUAAAAAGUACAAUUCAUUUAUAGGAUUCAUUUUAAAAAAUCAGUCAUUUUUAUUGCAUGAAAUUAGAACUUGUAUGUGUAACUUAGAGGAUAAAUAUUUGGACAUAGUUUCUUCCAUUUGUUUUUUCCUCUUACAUAUAUUUAAUGGGAGAAAAUAAUUUCAAAAUUGUUUUGUAUCCAGUACUUGUUAUUUAUUAUUUUGAAGGUGGUAAGUGAUCUGUUUAAAAGAAAUUUAAUUCAAUAUGACAGUGGGUAUUUGAUAUGACUUUUUCUUUGCCAAAAUGUUUCUGUGACUUAAGAGCAUAUAAUAUGAGAUAGGAUCAAAAAGUUCCAGGAGAAUAUAUUUACCUUGUGCAGUUGAAAUUUUUCUUUUUGCUGCCUUCAGAAUAGAACCAUCUCCUGUCUGAACCUCUUCCAAGACGAUGAAAUCUGCACCAAUCUGUAGCUCUUUCGUUCAUGGUAACGGGUAGUAAUAUGCAGGGGCAAGCACUGGUAAGGCAGAUUCUGAAGCACAGAACACCUUAUUUCACCAGGUAAUCAGUAACCAGUUUAUGGGUAGGUAUGCCAGGAAUUUACCAAGGUGUACAGCAGCCAGGUGCCAGUGCACUAUAUUUGCAAUAUUGGGGUUUCAAUCUACUCUUUUUUAUCAGCUGUCUGCUGACAAGGGCACAUUCUUCUCAUUCAUGUAUGAGUUUUCAUGGUAUCACAAGGUCACAGAUGCAGUGAAUAUUUAAACUGUUGGGAGGAAUAGCAUUAAAUUAUCACGUGAUAUGUCAUACAUACCCAUAAACUCACCAGUCAUUACCCCGCAGUCCUGCUGCACGAUCUUGAUUGCAACAGCGUUUAUCCAUAUGUGAACUGCUACCAGCCCUCCUUCAUACAGGUCAUUCUUCAUGAUUGAAAGCUAUACAUUUUUGUCUUUCCUUUGUGCUCUACUGCUAUAUCCUUCCACAUCUCAUCAUUUCCAAAGUCUGUGCUGAAGUCUUAAAGAGCUGAACCAUAACUUGAUGUACAAUCGCUGCUCAAAGUCAGACAUCAUGGAAAAAUGAACCUGACAACAGGUGCAGCAAAGUGACUUUCAGCCACCACCAUAACUGAGGGAAUGUGCAAACAGAAACAUAAAGAACACCAAACUCAAUGUGCGUGGCUUUCGAUGGCCACCACAACUAAGCAAGCGCACGUGGAGAAAUGAGACCUCCUCUGCGAUGAAUCCAAUAUCCCUCAUUCUCAUCACGUGUGUGGAGACGCAGAUCAUUUUGGUAGUAACUUCAAACUUCUGAGUAUUUUCUUACCCUACUUCACAUAUUGUAAAAGGUCGCACAUAUGAUAACCUCAUGUGAACAAUUAUUAUGCAUUGUUCUAAUUCAAGUCUUGGUGUAAAAUUGUCUCAAAGGUCUCAGCAGUGGUUCAAUAUGACAACUUCUGGAACAGAAAUGUAAAUUAUGAAAACGAAAUUUCUUUUCAUUUACACAUUUAGUAUGAUUCACACGGAGUUAAAAACUGGUCGAACAUAGCAAAUGCAAUUUAUAAAUAUGUUCACAUAUAUGAUUGUAAACUUUUGUGGCGACUGACUCAAUGAAAUCCUCUCAGGCCAUCAGCUGUCUCAAGUGGUCAAAAGAAACCAACAUUUUGGGAACCACCUCCAGCUCUACCAGCCCUAGCCAAUAGAACCUAAUGGGUGGAGUCAAGCACUCACUUAGCCUGACCUUUGAUUUUCAUUAGCUUACUGGACUCCUCCCUGAUGAUGAUAACAAGGAUGGUUCCAAAAAUUCUGGUUUCUUUUGACCACUUAAUGUGGCUGAUGGCCGAAGAAAAUUUUAGUAUGUUCAUGUUUUUCUUUUGCACUUAUAUAAGUACAGAUUGUGCUGUCAUAUCUUUAAUUUUCAUUGUGUGUUCAUUACCAGUAUAUCAAACCAGUGAGAUGAUGCAUAUAGCAAUACCAGGCUGAAUAAUACAAUUUCAAGUAUGAUCCAUCUUUGUUUUUACAUUCUUUUAUUAUAACAAUAUAUGAACUUGUGAAAAUAGACAAACUCAUAAAUCAGAAAACAUUUAUCAUAUAUAUAAACUCCAUGGAGCAGAGUCCUUGAAAAGUCGACAAUAUGCUCAGCUAGUCGAGAAAUUCCCCACAUACUAUUAAACCUGAGGGUUCAUUACCGUGUUCACGAGAGUCCAUCUAGAGCCAGUGAAUUCUAGUCAUGACACUGAAUGUUUUCAAUAAUGGCAUACCUGAAUAUAUGAUCCGAAAUGCACAUUUAAGUGUGCUAAUUGAGUUUCUUCCCAAUAUAUAUGUACCUUUACAAUGGUAACAUUUUAUGAGAAAGAACUGCAGACAUAAUCUUUUAAGGAAGAAUAAUAAUAAUAAUGGCAGAUUUACAUAAUAACUUAGCACAGUACUGUGAAAAUAAAUGUCUAUAGAUUACAAAGAAAAACAAGUUAUACUAUCAAUUUAAAUAUGAUGUGGUGUUGCUAUGUAAACAGUUAAAGGUCUGUUGCCGAAGUUAAACUAUUGUGUAUACAAAGUGAUUCUUCCUUGCGUGCAAUAAAUAUAUGGAUCAUGUUCUAUUCCUAAAAUGAGUUCAAAAAAUUCUUCUAAACUUAACAGUUUUCUAGUAAACUAUACAUUUCAGAUGUCCCCACACGUAGAUUUAAACAGGAGUGAGACAAGGCGAUUGUGGAGACCACAAAACAGGCCGGUUUCAUUCUAUCCAUCAAUCUGGGUAGUAAGAGUCUAAAAAUACCUUUACAUUAAAAAAAAAAGAGCUCCAUCAUGCAUAAACUACAUAGUUAGUCACAUUGCAUUUGUACAUCCUACAUUGGAUAAAGUAAUUCCAUAAAAGAAAUUUAAAUAGGAGACUCUUGAGUGAUGAGAUUCUCAUUAUUCUUGUGCAAACAGUUGUAAAGUGCUCAAUGUUGCCAUAUCUUGGUAACGGAAUACUUGCGACCAUGUGCGUAUAGGAGCUUUAUGCCUUUAUUUUACGAUAAUAAGUGCUUAUAUUUAUUGCAUGUAAUUAAGAAUCACUCUGUAUAUGGUAGAGAUUACAUAACACUCAUUUUGUAUUUUCUGGAUAAAAUAUAAUUCAGCUGUUAACUGUACUAUAUACUUAAUUAUCGAUGGUUAUUAGUGAAACUUUGGCCAUUCCCUGGUGUAUAAAUAUACUGUUUGUGUUGUGGAUACACUAUCAUAACCAAGACUUAGAAGGUACUUUAAUUAAACAACAUUAACAUAAUACAUCUGCCUAUCUCAGAAAGAUUUACAAUUUCUUUGAAUUAUAUGAACAUGUGCAAUAGAAUUUUAAAAUUAAGGCACUGUUGAUUAAGGUGUAACAUAUAAUGUAUGGUAAAUUUUAAAGGAAACUUCCUUGAACAAUUAAGGGUUUGAAUUGAUGAAUAAUACAUUUGUGAUCUUCAUGAAAAUUUAAAUAACACUUCUGAUGUUAUCAACAGAUCUUAAGCCAGUACUGAUUUGCUGAGAGUUAGAGCUUAUAUGAGAUGUUUGCUUUAAAAGGGAAACACACAAUAAAAUUCUAAACAGUACAAAGAUGUUUUCCUAAUGGAUUGAAUAACCAAAAGAAUUAAUUUAAGUGUAAGCAGAUUUAUUCAUAUGGAGAACUGUAUAGUGUACAUACAAGAAAUAUAUUAUUUGUGACAAAGAAAUAUGUGGUGUUAUGAAGAAUGGGAUUCCAGUGACUUCUUUCAAUUACUGAUAUUAAUUUUAUCAAAAAAAAAAGUGGGAAUACAAAGACUGAAAAUCAUUUUUGUCUUGCACCAUGGGAUACUAUAUAUCCAUAGUGUAUGGCAAGAUGGCCAGCCGUAGAGUUCACUAUUUUUAUCAGUUUGAUUUGAUAGCUUCUGAAAUACUUUCAUACUGUCACUAAAAUGAAUCUUGCUAGUAGAAUGCCAUAAACGUCUUUAAUUUAUAUUAACUAAACUGUACCAAAGUGUUGUGUACAAAGUCUCAAAGUUGUUACAGAUACACAAACGUCUUUCAGUCGAGUUUCUGUAUUCAUAUGUA